CGGACCGAGGUGGGAACCGGCAGGGGGCGGGGCAGGGCCGGGAUGAGGCGUGUGCGGGGCUGCGAAGAGGGAAGGGGCCGGGCUCGGAGCCAUGAAGCUGAACAUCGAUGGGCUGCUGGUGUAUUUCCCCUAUGACUACAUUUACCCAGAGCAGUACUCAUAUAUGCUGGAGCUCAAGAGGACGCUGGAUGCCAAGGGCCAUGGCGUGCUGGAAAUGCCCUCAGGGACUGGGAAGACCAUUUCCCUCCUGUCACUCAUUGUGGCCUACCAGCGGGCCCAUCCGCUGGAGGUGACCAAGCUGAUCUACUGCUCCAGAACCGUGCCUGAGAUUGAGAAGGUCAUUGAGGAACUACGGAAGCUCCUGGAUUUCUAUGAGAAGCGGACGGGGGAGAAGCUCCCCUUCCUCGGCCUGGCUCUGAGCUCCAGGAAGAACCUCUGCAUCCACCCCGAGGUGAGCUCACUGCGGUUCGGGAAGGAGGUGGACAGCAAGUGUCUGAGCCUGACGGCGUCGUACGUGCGGGCACAGCAGCAGUGGGACAGCGCCAUCCCCUCGUGCCGCUUCUUCGAGGAGUUCGAUGCCCAUGGGCGGCAGGUGCCCAUCCCCUUUGGCGUCUACAACCUGGAUGACCUCAAAGGGUACUGUCGACAGAAGGGCUGGUGCCCCUACUUCCUCGCCCGCUACUCGAUCCUCCACGCCAACAUUGUCGUGUACAGUUACCACUACCUACUGGACCCCAAGAUCGCAGACCUGGUGUCCAAGGAGCUGGCCAAGAAAUCUGUUGUCGUAUUUGACGAAGCUCAUAACAUUGACAACGUGUGCAUUGACUCCAUGGGGGUGAACAUCACGCGCCGGACGCUGGAUCGCUGCCAGGCCAACGUGGCCACGCUCCAGGCCACCAUCCAGAAGAUUAAGGAGACGGAUGCCCAGAAGCUGAAGGAGGAAUACAGGCGGCUGGUAGAGGGGCUGAGAGAGGCCAACGUUGCCCGGGAAACGGACAUCUACCUGGCCAAUCCGGUGUUGCCCGACGAGAUUCUCCAAGAGGCCGUGCCUGGGAACAUCCGGACAGCCGAGCACUUUGUGGGCUUCAUGAAGCGCUUCCUGGAGUACCUGAAGUCGCGGCUGCGGGUCCAUCACAUGGUGCAGGAAAGUCCCCCAUCCUUCCUCAAGGACGUCUUUGAGAAGGUGUGCAUCGAGCGCAAGCCACUGCGGUAAGCAGCUGGCCUGGGCCC